AUGUAUUGUUACAGUGACGGUGCCGACAUUGAAAACUCUGCAGUGUACGUUGAUGAAUGCUCCCAGGUUUUACAUAAGAUCCAGAUGAUAGCCCCACAGUUUCUUAUAGAUGGGGAAAGAAAUAUCUGGAUCCUGAAACCAGGAUUUAGCUCCAGAGGAAGGGGUAUAACUUGUAUGAACCGCCUGGAGGAAAUAGUAAAGUUUGUGGAAAUGGAAAAUAAUCCUACUAACCCUGCACAUUGGAUCAUACAAAAAUACAUAGAGAGACCACUUCUUAUUUAUGGCACCAAGGUUGAUAUGCGUCAGUUCUUCUUAGUAUCGGACUGGAAUCCACUAACCAUCUGGUUCUAUAAGCAGAACUACCUCCGUUUCUCAACGCAGCCCUUCACUUUGGAGAGUCUAGAUAACUCCAUACAUCUGUGCAACAGGUCCAUACAAAAGUACCUUAAAAACUGCCCAACCCGUCACCCUGACCUUCCUGAAAACAACAUAUGGUCCAAUACAUCAUUGCAGGAGUAUCUAUGUAUGAUAGGGGCAGAACAUGCCUGGGAAGAUGUGAUGGUGCCAGGGAUGAAGAAAGCCCUCAUUCAUACCAUGCGGGCUUCCCAGAAUAACAUAAAGUACAGGAAGAACAGCUUUGACUUUUAUGGUGCCGAUUUCAUGUUCGACGAAGACUUUCAUCCGUGGCUAAUUGAAAUCAAUUUCCGACCGGAUACAACUUCACCCACAGCAGUGACUGGUGGGAUCUUUAGAGACCUGUUAGAAGACACCCUACGUGUUAUUAUUGACCGGAAGAAUUCCCCCGACUGUGACACAGGAGAAUUUGAGCUUAUAUUUAAAAAGGUAAAUUUAAAUCAGGCAAAGAAAUGCUCUGAUGUUGAUAAUGGAAAUAUGUUAUGACAAAGGUAAUAUGGGCUCUUAAAAUGUUUUGGCUGUAUAAAUAUAACAUGAUGAUGUAUCUCAAGGGAAUGUAUGGGUAGAUAUCAUAGUCUCAGGAACUAUUGCUUUAUUAGGGUGUUGGGUUAACUACCUUGCCUAGGAAUAGCAUUCUUUUCCAUGGAAUCACAUGGAUCUGCACUUAUUUUGCAUAGCAAAUUGCUAACCAUCAACAACUUUAGCUUUCACUUCUCUGUUGAUCACUGUACUGAAAUAAGAUUGGAACAUGUGAAAACAUGCAUCUUAAGUACUUGAAAACAGCAGAUGCGUUUAGUAUCAAUAGUUCUAACAAUAAGAUAAUGUGAGAAAUACAGUGCAGUCUUUUGGUUCAUGUCACUCAAUGGACAUGAGAU